AUGUCUGGACUCACUUAUGUUAUCACCGGUGCCAACCGCGGUAUUGGAAAAGGUCUCCUCGAGACUCUUGUCCUCCGUCCUCAAACAACUGCCAUUGCUGCUGUCCGUGAUGUGGCUUCAUCCGAAAAGACACUAAGCUCUGUCCCUGUUGGCUCGGGUAGCAAGAUCAUCGUCGUCAAGGUCGAUUCCACCUCUGCAACAGAUGCCUCAGAAGCUGUUGAGGAGCUUAAGUCGAAGCACAGCAUCAGUAAAGUCGAUGUCCUGAUCGCCAACGCUGGGCUUUUAGACGUCGCAGAUAUCGCCCCAGCUCUUAAUGCCUCUGUUAGCUCUAUCCGCAAGCAUUUCGAAAUCAACACUCUCGGUCCCCUUGUCCUAACCCAAGCCUUCUUCCCGCUCCUCGAAGCAGCCUCGGACCCAAAAUUCCUAGUCCUCAGCUCAAGCAUCGGCUCGAUCAAGCUCCUAGAGGACUACCAAGUUCCCUUCUUCACCUACGGCAUCACCAAAUCUGCAGCAAACUACCUCGUCCGCAAGCUGCACUUUGAGAACCCUAAGCUAACCAGUAUGGCAUUCUGCCCUGGAUGGGUCCAGACUGAUAUGGGGACUGGAGCUGCUAAGGUUGUGGGCAUGGAUAAUGCGCCUGUGACUCUUGAGGACAGUGUGAAGGGUCUUAUUACCCAGUUUGAUGGAGCUUCAAGAGAGAAGUCUGGAACGUUUACUUCGCAAGAGGGGAACAAUAUUCCGUGGUAA